AUGGACAAUGUGCAGAGAGAUCGAAGGGCCCCUGGUCACAGCCUCUUCUCUCCUCCCUUUCCUCACACUGAGGUCAUCAUUCACAGGCCAUCGACAAUACUCAUCGCCCCGUGUGUCUCCUGCUCACUUCAGAUGCAGCUGGGACUAGGUGUUUUGGUUGGGGCCUUGCCUAACUCUCCUGACUCCUCUAGGCCGUACCCAACCAGAGGAUCCUACACUCUGCACCCCUGUCACUCUCAGAACGCUCCCAUCAGAGGGUGGAUGGCCCAGGAACAGGCAGGAGCAGCCCAUGCCUUGUUUUCAGUGUUUGCUGCCCGGACCCGCUGCUGCUACUAA